GCAGCCCUUCUCCAAACAGUGACCAAGUGUGGAUCUGAUCUGGUCAGGAAAAGAGCUGUACAACGGAGCAGAGCGAGCAGCCCAGAAGAUGGAAGCCACGGGCUUGUUUUUCACAUGUCUGCUUUUCCUCAUCAGGAAAGGCGUGUCUUGCAAAGGCUGGUCCAUGCAUGUGCCCUCAGAGGUGACGGGCGAACUCGGCCGGACGGUGACCUUGCCCUGCACUUUCACGCACCCGCACAACACCUACGACAAGACCCUGACGGCCAUCUGGCGGGUGAGGGCGCCUUACAACGGGACCGUCGUCUUCAAGUGCAUCUCUCACAGCUCCAGCGACCUCUGCAGAACCACCAUUGGCCCGAAGGACAGGUACACGCUCCUGGGGAAGCCGAGGCAGAACAACCUCUCACUCCAGAUUGACCGCCUGACCUGGAACGACAGCAACAGGUACUUCUGCCGUGUGGAGUUCUCCGGGGACCUCCACGACAAGUAUGAGAGCCGCACGGGCAUCCGUCUCCGCCUCACAGCUCCUCCCAGGAUUGUAAACAUCUCUGUCCAGACCGGCCAGGAUCAUGCUGUCCACGCAAAGUGUACCGCUGAAGGGGAGCCAUUACCCACCUUGACGUGGACCGGUCCUCUCUCUGGCAACGUCACCUCCGUUUCCAGGACAGCCCAUCAGAUAACCAAUGAACUUCACCGCCUCACUCGGGACGGAAAAUACACCUGCACGGCUGCCAACCUCUAUGGAAGAGCAGAGGGGGCUGUCUACUUUUACAGAUUCAAGGCUGAGAACAGCUCCUGGAUCCUGGUCCUCUUGCUCGUAGCCUUAGGGAUCAAGCUACUGGCGCUGGUGGCGAUCGUCGGGGUCGGCUUCUUCUGGAAGGGAGAUAGCCUCAUGGCCCAAAAUAGCCAGCCACGGCAACAGGUGCAACAGUCUCCGUAUGAAAACUUCAGUUGCAGGAUCAACUCCUUAAGUCAAAGUGUGCCCUAGUCGAUCUAAAGAAGCGUGUGCAAGUGAAAGAUCUGGGACAAUGCAGCUCUCUUCAUUUUUAUGGAAUCCCACAAGUGUUUUCAUAGAAAGGAAAUGAAGUGGAUAUAAUCCGUAAUUAUUUCUUGCAGAUACAGCAGGCGAUGGACCUGUCCAAUGCCUUAAGGUAAUCUCUGGAGACUCUUUCCGUGCGCUGCCCCCCACAGGGGCACAAGUGCCGGCAAGCAGGGACGGGGCCUUCUUUGGGGCCGCCCCUUCUGUCGAAUGGCCUUCCCUCAGCACCCCUCCCUUGCAUCUCGAUACAUUUAGAUGUAAGGUUAAGGUUUUAA